AUGAAGGGUCCUUGUGAGAGGCCUGGGGAAAAUGAAGAUCAGAGGGAAGAGGCGAUAGCACCCGCUGGGUGUUUUGCAGGGGUCCCGGAGGCCGACAAGGAUUCAGAAGCAGAUUCAGACUCUGACCUGGAGACAGAAGGCAUACAUGGACUUAGAGAACCCACCAGGGAUGCCCUCCACUUGGGGUCUUGCCGGACCUAUAGCAUUGUGCCCACCAUCUACUUUCUGAACCAAGGGUGUGCCCCAGAAUUGAAGCUGAGGCACCGUGGUCUGGGACCCCAGGGGGCAUGGGCUCUGGCUUCCAUGUUGACCUCCAAUCCCUACAUUAAGCGGCUGGAUCUUCAGGACAAUGGGCUCUGUGCGGCUGGUGCAGAGGCCCUGGCCUAUGUCCUGAGCAAAAACAGCAGCAUCUGUGAUGUGGAUCUGUCGGAGAACCAGAUUGGAGUGGCAGGGGCCCAGGCUCUUUGUGCUGCCCUCAAAGUGAACCAGGCUGUGCAGAAGAUACAACUGGCAGGAAAUAGCCUGGAAGAGAAGGCAGCCCAGUACCUUGCUGAACUCUUGCUGGUCCACACAGGCCUGAAAUCCCUGGAUGUCAGCUAUAACCAGUUGAAUGACCAAGCAGGAGAGACACUUGGACCAGCCUUGGCAGAAAACACAGGACUAACAGAGCUUAACAUAAGCUGGAAUCACCUCCGGGGUCCAGGAGCCAUAGUUUUUGCCAGGGGACUAGAGGCAAAUAUCUUCCUGAAAGUCCUAGACAUCUCUUUUAAUGGUUUUGGAGAUUCUGGAGCUUCUGCAAUGGGUGAGGCCCUCAAGGCCAACAACGUGUUGGAGGAACUCAACAUGAGCAACAACCGAAUCUCUGCAAUGGGAGCCCGGCACCUCGGGUUGGGCCUCUGGGUCAACCAGACACUGAGGAUUCUUGUUGUGUCCAGGAAUCCCAUGCAAAYUGAAGGCUGCUCUCAUCUCCUCAAGUCUGUCCGGGACAACCCAGCAUCUUCACUAGAACUGCUAGAUUACUCUGAUAUGCAGGUGAACAGAGAGUUUGAUGACCUCAAUAGCUCAGUGAAGGUGAUUCUUCCAGGCCUUUGCAUAAAGACUGGUGCUCCCAGAGUGGACUAUAAGAACGAGUUGCUGCCAGUCUUCAGACCACCCMCACCAGCAUCUGCUCCUAAAUGA